AUGACCAAGAGGAUUCUUUCCUUCAAGGAAACCAUUUCCUUUAUUCAAUUUCUCUACAGUACAAUCGGACUCUUCUUGAUGCGGAAUAUCAGAGAAACAGGACUACGGAAGAAUUUGAUAACUUUGUGGCUUUUUCUAUCACUUUUAUGUGGAAUAACAACUACAAUUGAUCUUUUCCUGUAUAUUGUUCUUAAACCAAGGAAUGCCAUAAGUAUCUGGGAAAUUCUAACACAACUUUUCAUUGGAAUGUACUUCAUAUCAGCCAUGCUGAAGACGGUAGUUGUGGUCUUUCACAAAGAUAAAAUUGAGAAACUUUUGAAAUGGUUCGACGACAACUGGCCCGAUGCAAGAGAUGAGAGCGAGAAUGAGGAUAUUGUCGAAGGAUAUAUGAGGAAUAAUACCUGGUGGAUGUCUCACUAUGUCUACAUUUCCUUUGCAAGCUACAUCACUGUAAAUCUCAGUCCUGUCCUUACAAUGGCCAUUAGGUACUUAUCAACGGGAAAUUUGAAAUUUCUCGUACCCUUCAAUACGUGGCUUCAGUACUCACAUCCAGGAUCCUUUGAAUAUCCAUUCGUCUACACCUAUCUCAUCUACGGAUCUCACGUAGCGAGUGCUUCUUCAAUUUGCUUCGACACCAUGUUUUGCAUCAUUAUUUGCCACAUUUGUAUGCAUUUUAAAGUUUUGCAAGAAAAAGUUAUAACAUCCGUUGUACCAGAAGCAAAUUCAAGCCCAGAAAUUUGUGAAAAAAUCCUCAAAGAGUGCAUUGUGAAGCAACAGAAAUUAAUUGAGCUCACCAACGUUUUGGGAAGUUUAUUCAAUGAAGUUAUCUUCUUCAAUUUCACCGCGAGCUCAUUCAAUAUGUGCGUUGAUGGAUUUUUAUUUGUUAUGCAACCAGGUUUGGGGAAAAUAAGAUUCGUCAUGAUGUUCUUAACACUAAUGUCUCAGAUUUUUAUCCUCUGCUGGUAUGGACAGGAAUUGAUUAAUAAUAGCUUAUGUAUCAGCGAUGCAGCCUACAAUUGCCUUUGGUAUGAAUCAACACAAAAAUUCCGCAAAAUGAUUCUUCACAUCAUACAUAACAGUCAGAAGCCGCAGAAGAUCAUUGCAGUAAAGUUUUGGGAAGUGUCCCUAAAGAGUUUCUCUAAACUAAUACAAGCUUCAUGGUCUUAUUUUGCCCUACUCAACACUGUCUUUGGGGAUUGGUCUUUCCUGGCUCCUGCUGAAGGUGGACUCCUAACUUAA